GGGCAUUACUAUACAAGGAAAAAAAUAUCAAUAUAUUGCGAAUGUUAAAUAGUCUAUGAAACCACUGUGAGUCGCUCUCUUGGAUCUCCCCCAGGACACAGAAAAUGCAUUAUUGUGUAUCAAACGACUUAAAUAAUUAAUCAACCAAAAACAAUUUGUCGCAGUGCUUUUCCACGUCGAUUGCUGCCGUUCAUAUGUGUAUACACGGCGAGGCCGGGAGCAGCUGUAUUCCGAGGGGCGCUAUAAUCCGGGUUAUCUCGGAGUGUCGGGGAUCAUUGCUGACUGAGAACCUUCUACGGAGUUCCUAUUUCUCUACACACCUUAUAUCUAUCUGUGUUCGUUAUAAGUGGGCGGGGAACACACAGGGAUUUUUACCUGUAUAUAUCAAUAAUGCUAUGUAGAAUUUUCCACCAAUCAGAAUCUAUGGAAUAUACCGUUAGUGGGGGCCAUCUUAAAUAGGAUUUAUUCCAGUGAGAUGAAACGUUGAUUGUGAAUUUCUCUCUAUAAAGGAUGUCUCAAGAAAUAAUGGACCUGGAGGAUAUAGUCCGGAAGUGGGUGAACGACUUUCCGUUGGACAAAAGCCAGAAAAAAGACGCAGACGACAUUCUCUCCGGUGACAUCAACUGGCGCAAUAUGCGAGUUCGACAUGGAAAUACGGAAUAUUACGAUCAGAUCCGAGUCAACACUCCAAAAACGCACGUGCUGUUCACGGCGCAUUUCAGCAACGAAACGGACCAGAACCAGAUGUACACAUUAAAGACCGAGCGAAGGACCAAAUCCAUCUGUUCCAUUUCCAUACAAAAGACAUUUACGUAUGGUUACAACAUAGACCUGAAAUUGACUCCCCCGAACCCCAUCAUCGAGGCCAACGCUGGGUUCAAAGGUGAGCUGGGGUUGACCAAGUCUGGAGACGAGACGUUUGAAGAAGAACUCGUAUGGUCCGUAGACAACCAAAUUACAGUGCCGCCAAAAUACAAAACAAAAGCAGAUUUGGUUAUCAAAGAAGACGAAUACGCUAGCCAUUUCAAAACAGAAAGUAAGUUUGAAGGCAAGAUCCAUGUGACUCUGAGGAACAAAAAAGACAAUACCCCGCUAGCUACCGUCACUGGCGACGUCAAGCAAAUUUUUACCCCGGAUAAAGGGUUCCGGGUCGAUAAGACCGGCGUGUAUUUCGUGACGAUCGGCAAGUGUAAGUGUCGGUUCGGCAUUGAGCAGCACGUGCGGCUGAGUCAGAGCGAGCUGAGGGAGGACGAGGACCUCGACUCCUAGACACGCCCUCCUUGUUCCUGUUGUAUCAGCUGACCUCGUGCGACCUUUCUAUUGUCCUGCCUUUUAUUGUUCAUUCCCAUAGCAAUGAAAUUUGUCAUAGCUGUUUGUUAUUGUGCCAAAUUCAAAAUUCUAAAAAUCUUUCAAUUUUUGAUUAUAAGUUAAAAUGAUUUAUGAUUAUUUUUACAAAAUAUUAUUUAAAUAUGAACUGCACUCUCAAAAUCUACAAUUUUGUUUUUGUGGCUACAAUGAAAAUUGAAUUAAAAAUGUG